AUGUCAGCUUCGACUCAAAAUAACGAUAGCGACCAAACAAUCACUGGUCUUACAACCCUAUCAAAAAAUGCACAAAAACGUAUUUUAAAACAGCAGAAAUGGGAGGCUACUCGUGCACUACGCAAAGAGGCUAGAAAAGAAAAAGAAAAGGAGAAAAAGUUGCGAAAACGAGAGCAGCAAAAAAAUGCGGAUAACAAAGAUUCUGUCAAACCAAGGGAACCGCCGUUGAAAAAACAAAAAAUUCAAACUCCGAGUUCAAUGAAGGUUGUAAUUGAUUUGGAUUUCGACGAUUAUAUGAAUGAUAAGGAGAUUGUUGACCUUUCUGCACAAUUGACUCGAUGUUACUCUUACAACAACAAUAAGGCAGUCAACCCGGUUGGUCUAUUCUACACAUCAUUUAGCGGGCGUCUUCAGGAACGAUUUGAUACUCGCCUCAAAGAAUAUCACAACUGGAAAAAUGUGAUAAUAGACAAUAAAUCAUAUCUAGAGCUUUUCCCUAAUAAACAGGAACUUGUUUAUUUGACGGCCGAUGAAGAAGAAGUUGUGCUCCAGGAAUUGGACGAGAGUAAAAUAUAUAUUAUUGGUGGGAUUGUGGAUAAAAAUCGGCACAAGCGAUUAUGUUAUCAUAAAGCGAAGCUAGAAGGUAUUGCUACCGCUAAAUUACCGAUCAGUCAGUACAUCAAAUUAAAUUCGAGACAUGUACUCACUAUUAACCAUGUAUUCGAAAUUCUCGUUGAUUGGCUAGAAACUAAGAAUUGGCGAGAGACUCUAUUAAAAGUUAUUCCGCCUCGAAAAUUUAAUCCAGAUGGUAAAAAACAAAGACGCGGGGCUGCAAAGAAAAACCCGCAAUUAAAUAAUGAUGAAAAGAAUAUGGCAAAGAUAGAAUUAAAUGAGAAAAGCGAGUUAUUGGGGGCGAAUCAAAGGUGA